AUGUCCGCCCCCGGUCAAGAGCACCACCCCGACCUGCCCGCCAACAGCGCUCCGGUCAGCUUUGGCUGCCGCUGUCUCAAUCUCAAGAUUGACGGUCGCGUCGACGCUGCAGACGAGCACAAAAUGAAAGCUGGAGAUGGGAACAAGGGUAGCGGGGAAGUGAAGGUGUACUUGCCGCCUGGGUCCGAAGGCGUCAGAUUUCCGGGCUAUGUGACCUAUGAGCAAGAAGGUAACACAUUAUUUGGGUCCUCGGACAAUACAGAUGAUUACGGCAAGUCCUGGAGGAAAUGUUACAUCUGUGGAACUACGUGUUAUGAAACAACCCGCAAACCGCCGCAGGCAUCCGCGGCAGAAGAGGAAUGGGUCACUGUAGACCUCGCUGGGAGUGUCGUGUACGGAGAAGAACUCGGAAAGAUUCUGAGCGAAGAAGGUCUUCCCUUCUCCAACCUACUCAUCGACGCCUCGACUGUUCAAUCCAAUUUUGGACGCCCACCGACCAACCCCGCCCCGUCCUCGGACCUCGAAUCAUAUGAACCUGCCAUCCCUGGGCCAUACAUUUCUCCCCCCCACGAUCCAUUCUUCCUCCCACCCCCUUUCAUCCCUUCCAACUCCCACCUCAAAGACUUGUGCGACCAAGCCGAAAGUUACUUGAAAUACGUGCACUCCAAGCUGGAAGAGGAAGUGAGACAAUUCAUCUCGGAAAGGACGCAUGAAUUGCGGAAUAUCGAAGAGGAGGUGCGAGGGGAAGUGGAGACGCUAUGGGGCAAGUACCAGACUAUCCCCGGGAAUGAAGGGGCGGCCCGCGAGCGAAGUGCGAGCACGAGCCGAACACGCGAGAGCAUAUCCCGCAUUCCUAAUCCCGCCAAAGUCUUUUCCCCUCCCAAACACUUUGACGGCAACUCUUUUCAACCCUCUCCCAGCAUCGCUUCCAACCCAAUCAUGCAAUCCGCCACCGCCCCGGCUACCAGUGCCGUCCCCAACGGCACUUCUCUCCUCGCGCAAUCCCUCUCUGCCAGCUCGUUCUACCCUGCUCCUUCUUCGAAACCGGUUGGAGAGGAGGGAUCUGUGAGCGAUGGGGUGAGGGAUGAGAUGGAUGAUACGAUCUCGCAAGUGGCCAAGACGUAUGGGACCAAGGGCGAUUCUCGCGCCGUGGCUAUGAGCUACGUUUUUAGUUCUCUCGCAGAGAAUAUGGGCGGGCCGUCUCAGGCUGCACUGGCAAAUGAAGAAGGGGAGACUCCUGCGCCUCCUGAGGCGCAUGGGAAGGAUAGCUGGAUUGAUGAUGAGACGGAGAAUGCGCGAAGAAUGCCCAGAGAACAGCUUGGUGCAGUCGCGGAAGAGAAUGAAGGGGAUGGGAGGACGCCUAGGGCAACACAGACGAAAGAGUUGUACGAGGACAAGGAGCGGAAAGACAAAAAGGGCAAGGGACGAGUCAAGUUUGAAGAGCCCGAGAAAUCAGAGAAGAAAGAAGAACCGGAAGAGAUUGACGAUGACCACCUGUUUGACUUUGAGCUCGACGACAACAUCCGUGACAAAUCUGCCUCGGCACCUCUUCUCGACUCUUCCCGCUCCCGCAACCUCCUAGAGACCAACCUCUCCCACACCUUUGCCGCCGACCUCCCCUCUCACCGUGCCGCCUGGCGCCGUUUCGAACAGAACGGAUCCAUGUACGAAGCCCUCCGCCGUGGUCAGACAUAUAUCUCCGGGGAGGAAGACGAAGAUGACGAAUCUCAAGUGAGCAAGCUAGCAACCUCGGUGCCGAUCCAGAUCAAUCCCAUCCGCGCUGGGAAAGCCAGCGCUCCGGUGGCAUUUGAGAGAAAGACGAGUCUGAGUGAUAGGCAGGGGCUGAUGGUCCCGAGGUUGAAGGGUGCGAUGAGGGAGAGUGGGGUGGAGAAGGGGAAUGCGUUGGGACUUGGGUUCCCUACGUCCAGAGGUCGAACGGCCUCCAACUCGCAGAGGAGGAACUCUCGUUCAGCCUCCGCGUCCCGCGAGACGGAAGCUGUCAAGUCUUACAAGGCCGACCCUGGGGCUGUGUUUGAGUCGCUUGCCGAUACGGCCAACGAGGAUGAUGAAGACGGGGCCGGCGCGGUGCAGGCGGGAGAAGGGACAUUGAAGGAGAAGGGUUUUGUGCCGCCGCAUGUGUUGGCGAGAAAGGCCGAUAAGGAGCAAUUGCCGAAUGUUGGAUGGAGGAGUAUGGCAUCGUGA